UCUGGCUCGAGCUUCGACUGGUCAUCACUACUUCCACUCCUGCUGCUCGUCAGACGACCUCCUAUUUUUCGCGUUGAAACCCUAGGGCGAAGAGAUCGGGGUUUGGGUUUCGAUUCCUCAGUGCCGAUCGGAUAUCGCGCCAUGCUCCGUCCGCUUGGAUCUGUCAAAGGAGCAGGUUCAUUUAGCCAAAGUGCUUAAAAAAGUGUAUCAAAGCUAAGGCAUUUGGAGACUUUGAAUUUGCAUGCGAUGGCUUCAGAAGGAUUGGCGCCAUCAUUGGGCUUGAGAACAACCAGUGGUAGCAGUAUCACUGUGGAGAAAUUGCCAGAGGAAAUGAAUGAUAUGAAAAUAAAAGAUGAUAAAGAAGUGGAAGCAACAGUUGUUGAUGGAAAUGGGACGGAGACAGGGCAUAUAAUAGUGACAACUAUUGGUGGCAAAAAUGGACAACCGAAGCAGACUAUCAGCUACAUGGCUGAGCGUGUUGUGGGUCAUGGAUCAUUUGGAAUAGUGUUCCAGGCAAAAUGCCUUGAGACAGGUGAGACUGUUGCUAUAAAGAAGGUUCUUCAGGACAAAAGAUAUAAAAACCGUGAGCUGCAAACUAUGCGCAUUCUUGACCAUCCAAAUGUUGUGUCUUUGAAGCAUUGCUUCUUUUCAACAACUGAUAAGGAUGAACUGUAUUUAAACUUGGUUUUGGAAUAUGUGCCUGAGACUGCUCAUCGUGUUAUAAAACACUAUAACAAGAUGAACCAACGAAUGCCAAUGAUCUAUGUGAAACUUUAUAGCUACCAGAUUUUUAGAGCAUUGGCAUAUAUUCAUGGCAGCAUUGGAGUGUGUCACAGAGAUAUCAAGCCGCAGAAUCUUCUGGUUAACCCUCAUACUCAUCAGCUGAAACUAUGCGAUUUCGGCAGUGCAAAAGUCUUGGUCAAAGGGGAGCCAAAUAUAUCAUACAUCUGUUCUAGAUAUUAUAGAGCUCCUGAGCUUAUAUUUGGAGCCACUGAAUAUACGACUGCAAUCGACAUCUGGUCUGCUGGAUGUGUCCUUGCUGAACUACUGCUGGGUCAGCCACUUUUUCCUGGUGAAAGUGGAGUAGACCAACUUGUUGAAAUUAUUAAGGUUUUGGGUACACCAACAAGGGAAGAAAUCAAAUGCAUGAAUCCCAACUACACAGAAUUUAAAUUCCCCCAGAUAAAAGCUCACCCAUGGCACAAGAUCUUCCCGAAAAGAACACCACCUGAAGCUGUGGAUCUUGUCUCAAGGCUUCUUCAAUAUUCCCCUAACCUUAGAAGCACUGCUUUGGAGACAUUAACCCAUCCAUUCUUCGACGAGCUUCGAGAUCCAAACACCCGUCUACCAAAUGGGCGUGCCCUUCCUCCUCUUUUUAACUUCAAACCUCAUGAGUUGAAGGGGGUGCCUAUGGAGACUUUAGUGAAGCUGAUCCCAGAGCAUGCACGGAAGCAAUUCUCCUUCUUGGGCCUGUAAUUCUCAAACGUUCAGGUAGUGUUAGCUUGUGAAUGUUAACACUAUCUUCCCCUCAACUGCUAAAAUUAAGUGAUCCUGUUGUGAAACCUCAGCUUUUGUUUGUCUGGAGAUUAUUGCCAUGAGACCCUGCACUUCUGUAAAUCAGUUUCAAAAAACAUUUGCUUUAUCUUGACACUUCAUUGUGUUAUUGCAAUUCCUGUUUCCAACCGCAAACUUAUGUCUAAAAUUAUACACUGAAUGUUCAUUCGCCAUUUGUUAUUUGCUCAACAAUAUCGAGUUCAAUUAUGAUCUUCAAA